AUGCUUAAACUAGGUUAUAGAAGUUUUUCCAUACGUAGUCGUGUUUUUAAAUUAUCACCACAAGAAUAUGUUAACCAAGUACAACAAGAAAAAAUCGAAAAUGAACAAUUUAAACAAACAUUAUCUCAAGAUCAAUUAGAAUAUAAUCCAAAGAUAUUGAGUUCUCACAAGUUGACUAAAACUAGACCAAUACCAAUAAAUGUUGAAUUAUUAAAAUAUAAGCCAUUGAGAUUGCCCAAGACACAUGGAGAUGAAAUGGCAACAUUGACUUUAAGAGGAUAUGAUGAAGAUAAUUUAAUUAGAGUAGGCGAAUUUGCUUUACGAACUGCUUAUUAUUUGGGUAUACCAAUGUCUCCAUUAAUGGCUUUAAAGACUGAGAAAAGAUUGUAUACGGUGAUUAAAUCACCAUUUGCUCAAGCAAAGACAAAACAAAAUUUCCACAGAAUUACCUAUAAGAAAAAAUUAGUGGCUUAUGAUGCCAAUCCGGAAAUAAUCGAUUUGUGGUUGUCAUAUAUAAACAAGAACAAGUUUAGUGAUGUGGAGUACAAAGCUACUGUUUCAUCUUAUGAGUCGUUGAAUUAUCAUGAAGAAUUAAAAUCAUUACAAGAGUUCAACUUGCCAGAUGCUUAUGAAGGUAUUGAAGAUCCUGUGGCUAAGAAAGUCCAAGAAUUACUCCAUUCCGAUUCAUUCAAGAAACACUUAUAA